UGUUGUAUUUGCUUUAUUUGCCUGUCAUGGGGCUACUGGACAACUUGAGCCAUUUUACCCCAGUUCUUUUUAACUGAUCUUUUGAAUCUGGUUUCAGGGCAUGGUGUCUCAUGCUGGAAAAUCAACAAAUCCGUUUGACAUGGCAUUUGAGUCUGAUGUUGAAGCCAACGACAUGUUUAUGGAUUUGACCUCACUACAAGCAACAUUGCCGGAUACUCAUCUUCCCGCAGAAUACUCCGUCAACUUAGCAGAGCCAUGGAUGUCUCAGAAUUCUACCGUGCCAUAUAUUCCUUCUGCAUCUCAGGGAGGGUUGUCGUACAUCCCGGGGCAAGUACAAGACUCCCAUAUGCUGAACUCAGCACAGCAAGGACAGUUUCCACCAAGAAAUCCAUUUGAUGAAUGAGAGUUGCUGGUGAAGAACGACGCUGAUGAUGAACAGAUGAGGAGAGCCGAUUUGCACUGCUCGGAACCCAAAAGGACCAUCGGGUGUACUAUAUGCUUGAAACCAGAAACAGCACAGUAGAUAUCUUUCGAUUUCACUGUCUCACUCUCAGCUUUCCUGUAUAUUGCUAGAAAGGAAUGUGCAGAAUUCUAUAUGGCCGGUGCGCUGGAGUCUUUUCACCUGAAGCAAAGCUGCUGUGUCCUUCAGCUCUGUUGUAUAUUGGUGUGUGGCGGUUUUGUGAAAACCAUGAGUCUGCUUUUAUUUUCCACAGUCUGUCAUUUGCCCGUGGUUUGGGUCUGUGUUCUAUUUGAAUCAAAAUAGGAUAUUAUUGACUCAUUUUCAGAAGCAGGGGAUCAUCCGCAUUCUCCGGUCCUUCGUGAUCUUUAUCUUUAAGCAAAAGUACGGUGGCUCGUCAA